AUGAACUCCUCUGUCCUUGAUAACGGCAACCAUUCAAACAGUCGAAUCCACGACAUGUCCAGUAACAUGAAAAAGUCUGACUCUGUUGUGAUAGAAGACAACUUUCGAGGAUUUCCUACGGAGUAUUUCUGCACAUCUCCUCGGUAUGAUGGAUGCUUAGAUUAUGUUUUAAUACCAAAUGGUAUGAUAAAAGAUAGGCUUGAAAAAAUGUCGAUGGAUAUUGUCGACUAUUACGAGGCUUGUAAUGCAACCUCGAUCACACUUAUGUGUGUCCUCAAAGGUGGAUUUAAAUUCCUUGCAGAUCUUGUUGAUGGGCUUGAACGCACUGUCCGUGCUCGAGGUAUCGUCCUACCAAUGUCCGUUGAGUUUGUUCGUGUUAAGAGUUAUGUUAACGAUGUCAGUGUUCAUGAGCCUAUAUUAACGGGUUUAGGAGAUCCUUCGGAAUACAAAGAUAAGGUAUUUUCAAACCUAAUGAUACAUUUUGUAAGAAUGUCCUUGUCGUCGAAGAUAUAA